GUUAACGCAAAUGAAUAUAACACUGAUGACGAUUCCGGCGACGAAAAUGAAGUGGAUAUAAACAACCUCCCUGGAAGUUAGCUGAUGACUGAAGUUGAGGUUGUAUUUGAAAACAAGGGAUCAAACCAAACUACAGUUGAGAGUGAUUUUGAUAGCGACGAUGACCUACCUUUGUCUACCUUUCUUACGAAAAAACGACCAAAAUUAUCAAAACCAAAUUACUCUUGGAAAAAAGGUGACAUCAACCAAGAUUUUCCAGAAUGGGUAAACACAAGUGGUCCAAAAAAUUCUUUAUCUCCUUUAGAACUAUUUUUUCAGUUUAUAGAUGACGAAAUUAUUGACUUGGUUGUGAAAUAUUCCAAUAUAUAUGCUUUUCAGCAUAAUCGCCGAGUCAUUUGCACCCCUUGAAGAGUGCCAUAGCGUGGACGAGUCCA